AGAAGUUUGAAUGUAUUAUCUAACCAAUCAUAAAUGAGAGAAUUACUAUAAACUAACCGGUACUAUCAUUAUUGUUAUUAUUAUUUUGUUCUUUUACAUCAUUAUUAAUCAUAAUAAGGUACUUGUUACUAUUAAUAGUAGUAUCAUUACUACUAUUAGUUCAAUGUCCAAUAAUAUUUCUUAUGAAAACAGCAAUAUAAAAAAGAAGGAACACCACUAAAUACUAUUGUAUAAAUAUACAAAUUAUACUUCAUUGAAUCACUAAUUAUCAUCAUCAUCAUCAUCUCAGAAUGUCAAUUUCCAAUGGUCACUAUAAUAAUUACUUAAAAAAAGAAAUCAAUGGUCUUAGAAAAUGGGAAGUAAAUGGUCAACAAACUAAUGGAAAAUCAAGUCAUAUACAAGAAAAUGAGAAACACAAUAUUAAUCAGGAUGGCAACUAUGAAAAUAGUUUACAGAAUGAAGAACAAAAUCAUCAAAUAAAAAAUAGUUGUAAAUUAAAUGGGAAUGAGAAUGGGACAAAAAAUGAUACUUUAAAAAUAGAAAAAUUGGAUAGUGAUAAUAACCAUAGUUAUAUGAAUGAUAAUGGUAUUAAUAAUGAGAAUUUUGUACCAAUAUGUAAACCUGGACGUUUCAUUUGUCGAUGUUAUUUGGAACCAGAAGUUCCAGGUGUUGCAAUCAACUAUUUAGAGCCUAAUAGAAUAAAAUAUUUUCAAUAUUUUAAUGAAAAUGACUAUAGACCAAUACAAAUUCAUUCAGGAUUAGCUGCAUCAAUAAAUGGUUCCACUGGUACUAGAUAUUCAUGCAUUGGAUCGUUGUUCAAUACAUUCUCUUAUGCAAUUGAUUCAGAAAAUGCUCAGUGUUUUAUUGAAUUAAAUGUUUUAAAUAAAAAACAAAUGAAUGAAUUAACUGAACCAAUUUCACGUCCAUUCAAAUUGAAUUUUCGUUUAGUUCUUUAAUGUAACCAGGAUCAUGUUAGGAGUCUUUAAUUACUUAGUUCUAUUAGAAAAAACAAACAAACAGUAAACUUCUGUCAUUCUGGAAAUAAUCAUUGCAUUUUCAAGCUAUUUGUAACUGUUAGCUUAUGUGUUAACUCAAAGCUGUCUCAUAUUUAAUCUAAUUACUGCAAAUUACUUUGUUUAUCUUUAUUUUCAUGAAGUACAUCUUGUUUCAAACAUUCUAAAUAAAGAUUUGAUCAAUUCAUCUUCGUUCAAUAUAUCUAGAUCAUAUUUCAGUAUUCAAAUAUUUGCAUAGUUGUAAACUAUUAAUUUUCGUUAUAUUCAAUCUUAUUUCAUUUG